AUGCCUCAAAUCACAACCCUCCUCUUCGACUGCGACAACACCCUCGUCCUCUCCGAGGAACUCGCCUUCGAGGCCUGCGCCGACCUCAUCAACGAGAUCUGCGCCUCCCGCAGCAUCGAGCAGCGCUUCACGGGCGAAUCCCUCAUCAAGGAGUUCGUCGGCCAAAACUUCCGCGGCAUGCUCCUCGGCCUCGCAAAGUCCCACAACUUUGAGCUCCAACCCGACGAGCUCGAGACGUACGUCACCCGCGAAGAGGACGCCGUCAUCGCCAAGCUCAAAGCCGCACUCAAACCCUGCCCGGGCGUCGACGACCAGCUCGAGGCGCUGCAAAAGGCCGGCAAGCAUACCCUGUCCGUCGUCUCCUCGUCCGCCAAGCGCCGCGUCUGGGCGUCCGUCGUGAAAGUCGGGCAGGACAAGUACUUCCCCGAGGACGUCGUCUUCAGCGCCGCCACGUCGCUUCCCAAGCCCACAAGCAAGCCCGACCCGGCCAUCUACCUGCACGCCAUGAAGACGCUCGGCAAGAAGCCCGAAGAGUGCGUCGCCAUCGAGGACUCCAAGAGCGGCACGCUCAGCGGCACGCGCGCGGGGAUCAAGGUGAUUGGGUACGUCGGCCCCUACGCCGCCGACAAGCAGGCGGAGAUGGAGAAGGUGCUGCGCGAUGCCGGGGCCGUGGUCGUCAUGAAGGACUGGAGCGAGUUCCCCGACAUGCUGGCCAAGAUUGAGAGCGGGAGCGCCUGA